UGCGUGUGAAUUAUACAUGAUGAUAAUGACCAGUGAUGAUGUAAAACGUGGUCACGUUUUACAUCAUCAAUCCGCAGAGGAUCCGAGGAUUUAAAGCUCCAAAACAUUUUUAUUUUUGUUUCUGUUCUCACUAAAUAUGAAUAAAGAUUCGUUUGAAUUUCUUCUUAAUCUUUUGGGGGUCACGGAGGAAGCAGGUGUCUGCUGUCCCAGCAUGCAUCAGAAAAACAAAACAAAGCCAUUCAUUUGUCCUUGAAGAUCCGUGUGGAAGCGACUCACCUGCCAUGUUUGGUUGAGGUGUUGCUAGGCAACAUUGUACCUGCAGAGGAAAGUGUAUCUCACCUGUAAACUGAGACGAGGACGCUGAGCCGACUCGUCCGAGGCUGAGAGCAGCUUCAACAAAACCCCGAUAGAAGAAAAGACGUCAACUCAAACCACAGUAAACAUGGCCUUAGCCAGCGGUCACUGGCUGGAGAAAGAGACAAGAGGAGAAGCCCCGAGUUCGAGGUACGGACAUGCUUUAGAUGUGGCAGGAAACGUGGCCUUUCUGUUCGGAGGAGCGUCCAGCAUCAACCAGGAGGAGAACAUCCCUGUUUACUUCAACGACUUCUACAUGUUAACAGUGUCUCCUGAUGAUGUGACGUGGGAGGAGAUUCCUCAGAGUGGAGACGUUCCCUCGGCCAGAGAAGGACACACUCUGUGUGUCGUCGGAGGGAGGUUGUAUCUGUUCGGUGGCGUCUCGAGCCCCGAAGCCACCGAGUGUCUCCCUGGAGUUUACAGCUUUGACAUCGUGUCUCUGACCUGGGAUUGCUUAGCAACCGGGGGCGUGGCCGUCAAAACCCUGAGACACAGCUCUGUUGCCGUUGGAGACAACAUCUAUGUGUAUGGAGGAAUUGUGGGAGGGAAUCGAACCGACGACCUCCUGAUCUUCAGCACAGUGUCUCUCUCCUGGACGCCAGUUAAAACCAGUGGCUCGCUGCCUCCUGCUCUGUGCGAUCAGAGUCUGGCUCUGGUCGGGGAUCAGCUCUUCAUGUUCGGAGGUCACGGAGCAGGUGGAGACUUCUGUAAAGAGCUGCAUGUCCUCAACACAGAAAACCUGUUGUGGCAGAAAUUGGAAAUGAAGGGAGACACACCUGCAGCCUGUAGCAGACACACACUGACUGCUCACCAUGAUAAAGACAUCUACUUGUUUGGUGGCAGAAGCUUCACUGAGGACGGCACAGAGACAUCGUCCAAUGAAAUCCACAAACUCAGUAUUGCUAAGAUGAAGUGGAAGGUUCCGCUGUACGUCGGGAUUCCUCCGGCUCGUCGCCACGGACACACGACGUUCAUCCUCCACAGUCACCUGUAUGUGUUUGGAGGAAAGAAUGAAGAGCAGGAGUUUAAUGACCUGAAGGUGAUGAAACUCAUCAACCCCUCAGAGAGACAACCUGUGAUGAAGGAGAUCCUGUCAGAGUUCGGUCUUCAGGGAGUCAGUCACAGUUUCACCCCCACAAAGGUCCCAAACGUCCGCUACGAGCUGAGCGAGUCGGCUCCGUGCAGCCAGACCCGUAACCCGGCGGCUGAUCCUCAGGCGUUCGUCCACAGAGAUUUCAGUGCAGUUCGGGAUCAGGCCAUGAAACAGAUCCAGGCGGCCUUCGCUCUGCUCGACCAGGAGUUCCACAAACUGGAUCGAGAGAAGUCGGAUUUGUCUAAAGCUGCUGCUGCUCUGCAGAAAGAGAAAGAAGCUCAUGAGGCUCAUAGACAACAACAGCAACAGGAGCUGCAGGAGCUGCUGGACAGACAUCGCUCUCAGAAUGAGACCUGGCUCCGAGCCCGAGCUGAGGAGAACGACCGUGAGAGGAGAGAACUGUGCAGAGUCCGAGAGGAGGUGCAGCAGGAGCAGGAGAGACUGAAGGAGGAGCAGAGCAGCAUCCAGAAACGCAGCGAACAUCUUCUGUCCAUCAUGCAGCAGUUCAAAGGGAUGUGAGACAGACAGACAGACAGACAGACAGACAGACAGACAGACAGACAGACAGACAGACAGGCACAGACAGACAGACAGAGAGACAGAUGUGGAUGAUAAACCUUCAAUAAAAAAAUCACCAUUAAAGUUUGUAUCUUUUAUUGAUGAGUGUUUAACAGCAUUCAACAUCAUUAUGAGUCUGUCUCUCUGUCUGUCUCUCUCUCUCUGUCUCUCUUUUUGG